AUGGCGUAUAAAUUGCACGAGGUGCGCAGGCUCUUCGAGAUGGCGAGGUUACCGAACCCUUCCGGUGUUCCCGACGCGCGUCGUUUCAAGAUGGCGCUUGAAGGAUGCAGAGCAAUCGCUCUGUGGAGCUGCGAGGAAUUGGAGUCCGAGUGGCUGAUUCUGCUCGAAGAAAUCAUCAAGAAGCCGAUUGUUCCGGUCGGCCUGCUGCCGCCAUCGGUGGACGAACGAAACGAGAAUGCGAAUGAAUCUGAAGUUGAAAUAAUGGAAUGGCUCGGCAAGCAGAGGUCGAAGUCCGUGGUUUACGUCGCUCUCGGGACCGAGGUGGCUAUGAACACCGAGUCGCUGCACGAGCUGGCGCUAGGACUUGAAACGGCGGAACUGCCCUUUGUUUGGGGGCUCAGAAAGCCUUUCGGCUUGAGUCCAGAUGGUGAGAUUCUACCAGAAGGGUUUGAAGAUAGGACCAAGGACUUUGGGCUAGUUGUUAAGGGUUGGGCGCCACAAGUGAAGAUAUUGGCUCAUGAGUCGGUCGGAGGAUUCUUGACGCAUUGCGGGUGGAGUUCGAUCAUCGAAGGUCUUCAGUCUGGACACCCGCUUGUUCUGCUGCCCGUGGAUUUGGACCAAGGUUUGAAUGCGAGGUUGAUGGAGGAGAAAGGAUUUGGGGUCGAGGUUGAGAGGAACGAAGAAGAUGGAUGUUUCAAUAAAGAAGAUGUGGCCAAGGCCCUUAGGUUGGUGAUGGUGGAUGAAGAGGGAGAGAGUUACAGGAAGAGAGCUCAGAAGAUGAUGGAGGUUGUUCGGGACAAGGAACGGCAAGACAAGAACGUGGAUGGCUUCAUUCAGUUUCUUGCAACUAAUCGUAGCUUAGAAGCCUGAGUUGUAGAGAGCCUCCAUAACUUAUUACCAACCACAUCUCUUCACUCAAUAAACCCCAUGAAUGAUAUUGUUUGUUUUUCACAUCCUCCGCCAGAAUAUUUUUU